UUAGCCUGUCUUGCUGAUCUGUAUUCCCUUAUAGAUAGAUUAAUUCUCAACACCUUAAUUUCAUUGCGGAAUGUUUUUCUUUUUUUUUUUUAAUUUUAAUUUUCUGUUUACGUAAUUAAAAGUUAAUAAGUAUUGGGGUUCUUGAUGAUUGGGGGGUCCUUACAGUUCAUUCUUUGUCAUCAAUCCGCGUUUGGUCCAUUUCCGUGUGAAUUUUGCCUCCCAUCUUUUUAUAUUCCUUCAAUUUUCUAGUGGAUUUGUUUGGUUUUCCAGUCACCAUCAGAUCUGCAUAUUGCCAUACUACUUUUGCUAAAUUAAAGAAAAAAACAUAGUACACAUACUGAAAGUCUUUCAGUCGUCUUUUGAGGUAAUCCCAUGUUUCCUUUCUGUAGGAAUCUUUUAUCUUUUCCUUUUCAAUUCCUUGCUGUAUUCUUGUCCUCUUUUGAUGCAAUUAGCUAUUUGGGGUUUGAGAUCUUAUUUUGAUAGUGUUGUGUAUGUGUCCAUAUUUUGUGAUUGCAGGCAAAGUUUUGAUCUUGGGGGUUUUCUCUGCUGAAAAGAUUGGAUUUUGUCGAAGUGGGGUUUUCUUAUUUGGGAUUGGAGAUAUAUUACUUAUCUUUUUGGUGGUGCUUUGUGAAUUUUCCAUUUGUAGGGUGUGUGUGAAUUUCACUUUUCUUAGAGAAAAAGUGAAUUGGGAUUGGGGAAUGUUGGAGGGUUGUGUAAAGUGAAGUUGAGUCUUGUUUAGUGUAUAUGAUGGUGGGAAUUCGUGAGAUUCGAAUAUAUCUGUGAUUUGGACAAGGUUAAACGGUCUGCAUCUUUGUCUGAGCUCGAAGAGAAAGAGCUGUGUGGUUCAGUAAUGGGGUCGAGGGGAGAUAGAUAUGAACAUCAUGAUCUUGUGCCAUUAGCUGCCCUCAUAAAUAGGGAGUUGAGGAAUGAGAAAAUGGAGAAGCCCGCUGUGAGAUAUGGCUCUGCAGCUCAGUCGAGGAAAGGGGAGGAUUAUUUCUUGAUAAAGACUGAUUGCCAGAGAGUUCCUGGAAAUCCAUCUACGUCGUUCUCUGUUUUUGGAAUCUUUGAUGGGCAUAAUGGGAGUGCAGCUGCAAUAUUUUCGAGAGACCAUUUGUUAAACUACGUAUUAAAUGCCAUGCCUCGUGGACUUGGACGGGAUGAAUGGCUACAUGCUUUACCUAGAGCUUUGGUUGCUGGCUUUGUGAAAACUGACAAGGAAUUCCAGGCCAAAGGAAAGACUUCUGGAACUACGGCAACAUUUGUAAUUAUUGACGGGUGGACAGUUACAGUUGCAUCUGUUGGAGACUCACGCUGCAUUUUAGAUGCUCAGGGUGGCGGUGUCUCCAUCUUAACCGUUGAUCAUAGACUUGAAGAAAAUGCAGAGGAAAGAGAGCGUGUAACAGCCAGUGGAGGUGAAGUUGGAAGGCUUAGCAUUUUUGGUGGGACUGAGGUUGGUCCUCUUCGUUGUUGGCCUGGGGGUUUGUGUCUUUCUCGAUCAAUUGGUGACAUGGAUGUGGGCGAAUUUAUUGUUCCAAUACCAUAUGUCAAGCAAGUAAAGUUAUCAAGUACAGGGGGAAGGCUAAUAAUCGCCUCUGAUGGUGUCUGGGAUGCAUUGUCAUCAGAAAUGGCUGCAAAAUCGUGCCGUGGAUUGCCAGCCGAACUUGCUGCUCGUCUAGUGGUGAAGGAAGCAUUGAGGUCGCGUGGGCUCAAGGAUGACACGACUUGCAUAGUCGUUGAUAUAAUUCCGCCAGACAACAAUCCUCCGCCUUCCCCCCCGCCCAAGAAAUACAACAAGCUCAAAGCCUUAUUUUUCAGAAAAAAAUCUUGGAUAUCCACCAACAAAUUAGCAAAGAAGCUAUCUGCUGUGGGUAUCGUGGAGGAGUUAUUCGAAGAAGGAUCGGCAAUGCUUGCUGAAAGACUUGGAAAUGAUGAGCCGACUAUGCAGACGGGCAGUCUUUUUGUGUGUGCCGUGUGCCAAGCUGACCUGGCACCUAAUGAGGGAAUCUCUGUUCAUGCUGGAUCGAUAUUCUCGGUGAGCUCGAAACCAUGGCAAGGUCCUUUCCUCUGUUCCGACUGUCGGAAUAAGAAGGAUGCCAUGGAAGGGAAGAGACCAAGUGGAGUUAGAGUAGUAUAGGUUAGCUGAUCUUUGUUUAAUUGCUGCCAUUCUUUUGUUUUCCUUCUUGUUCUUGCUUAGGUGAUUAUUUUGGAUAUCGAAUGUUAAAAUCGAUAUAUUUUCUCUAAUUAAAUUCAUUGUUAAGGUAGGGAAAAACGAGUGCAUUCUUUGGCUAACAUAUUGCUCUGUCACGGAUGAAAUUGGCGGUUAGUAUUUGUAAUAAAUAAAAUAAAGAUUUCAUUCUCGUUC